ACACAACACAACUUUGAGUUGUUCGUGGCUAGCUAGUAGCGACUUGAGUAUAAAUUAGAUAACCCUCUGGCCAAAUCCAAAAGAAACUUGCUUGCGAUGUCAACCCCCUAAACAAAUCCCUCAAACUACUCCAUAUUAUAUAAGUUAGUACACAAACACACAGGUGCCAGAGACGAUGAUGGAUUUUAAGAAGGAGUUUAUCGAUGUGGUUCUGGUCCCAGCCGGGCUUCUGAUCAUGUUGAUUUACCAUCUCUUCCUCCUCUACAAGUAUUUCCAUCAACCUCUCUCCACAUCCAUGGGGUACGAAAACAACGACCAGCGAAUUUGGGUUACAAAAAUUCUUGAGGUGCAGGGUGACAAUGUUAGCAGGGGACUUGGUGUGAUUUCUUCUAAUACAAGUGCAGCCAUGACCUUAGCAUCAAUCUCUUUAACCCUCUCUUCCCUAAUCGGAGUUUGGAUAUCAAAUCUGCCUAGCAAGUUCUUCCCAAUACAAAUGAUCUAUGGCAAUACUAGUCCAUCGAUGAAUUCAAUCAAGUACAUCUGCCUGUUGACCUCUUUUCUGCUUGCAUUUUCGUUCUUUGUUCAAUCGGCUAGGCACUUCAUCCAUUCGAACUACCUGUUGAGCACUCCCGGGGUUAGCGAUAAAAGGACUGUGAAGAAGGUGGAGAGAGCAGUUCAAAGAGGAAGUGAGUUUUGGGCGCUUGGGCUAAGAGCACUGUAUUUCGGUCUUAAUAUUAUGCUGUGGUUCUUUGGACCUAUACCAAUGUUUGCUUCCUCUGUCCUAAUGGUGGUGAUUCUGUAUUGCCAUGAUAUUAGGAAGUCGGAAUAUGAUAAUCUCCAUGAUGUACUAUUGAUUUAUUGAACAUCAAGUUUGUAAACACUAUCAAAUCUUCACUUAUAAACGCAACUUGGUCUGGGUUUGUGAUUC